AUGCAGGAGUCCUGGGAUCCAUGUAUACAAGUCCUGGAGGGCUAUCAGGACUCAGUUACUGCAGUAGCCUUCUCACCUGACGGGCAGACAAUCGCGUCCGCUUCCUGUGAUAAGACAAUCCGGCUCUGGGACGCAGCCUCUGGCGCUAAGAAGCAGGUCCUAGGGGGCCAUCAGGACUCAGUUACUACAGUAACCUUCUCACCUGACGGGCAGACGGUCGUGUCUGCUUCCCGUGAUAAGAUAAUCUGGCUCUGGGACGCAGCCUCUGGUGCCAAGAAGCAGGUCCUGGAGGGCCAUCAGGACUCAGUUACUGCAGUAGCCUUCUCACCUGACGGGCAGAUAAUUGCAUCCGCUUCCCAUGAUAAGACAAUCCGGCUCUGGGACACAGCCUCUGGCGCUGAGAAGCAGGUCCUGGAGGGCCAUCAGGACUCAGUUACUGCAGUAGCCUUCUUACCUGACGGGCAGACGGUCGUGUUUGCUUCCCAUAACAAGAUAAUCCGGCUCAGGGAUACAGCCUCUGGCGCCAAGAAGCAGGUCCUGGAGGGCUAUCAGCUCAGGGUCACUGCAGUAGCCUUCUCACCUGACAGGCAGAUAAUUGCGUCCGCUUCCUAUGAUAAGAUAAUCCGGCUCUGGGACACGGCCUCUGGCGCUAAGAAGCAGGUCCUGGAGGGCCAUCAGGACUCAGUUACUGCAGUAGCCUUCUCACCCGACGGGCAGACGGUCGCGUCCGCUUCCCAUGAUGAGACCUCUUCCCGUGAUAGGACAAUCCGGCUCUGGGACGCGGCCUCUGGCGCUGAGAAGCAGGUCCUGGAGGGCCGUCGGGACUGGGUCGCUGCGCUAGCCUUCUCACCUGACAGGCAGAAGACAAUCCAGCUCUGGGACGCGGCCUCUGGUACUAAGAAACAGACCCUGGGGGGGCAUCAGGGCUGGGUUAAUGCAGUAGCCUUCUCACCUGACAGGCAGACAAUCGCGUCUGUUUCCCGUGAUAAGAUAAUCCGGCUCUGGGAUGCAGCCUCUGGUACUGAGAAGCAGGUCCUAGAGGGCCAUUGGCUUACAGUCACUGCAGUAGCCUUCUCACCUGACGGACAGACGGUCGCGUCUGCUUCCCGUGAUAACACAAUCCGGCUCUAG